AUGACCGAAAAAAACCGCGCCAAAUGGGAUUCCUUUAUUAGCGCGGAAAAAAUCCUCGCGAUAAACGCCACAGACACCACCCAAAACCUUUCAUCACAGAUGUGCGAUAUAAUCAACAAAAGUUUGACCCGAGAACCCGAAUCUUUAUUUUCAAUUGAAGACGCGUUGUUGUUAACAAUAACUGGAUAUAUUUUGGCUGGUGAAAAUUUCCCGACUUCGAGUUCAACAGGCCCGUUUUCUUGGCAAGAAGAACAUUUUUUAAAAGAAGCUAUUGUGGAUGCGAUUCUUGAGAAUCCUGAACUUGGAAAAUUUAAGUUUCUUGAUGGGUUAUAUGAUGAUCUUGAAGCUAAUCUGAAAAAGAAACGAGAUGGGGGAGUGGCUAAAGAUGAUUUUGAAGAUGAUCAAUGGGGUAGUUGGGAUGAAGAAGAUGGUGGUGAUAAUAAUAAUAAUAUGAGUAAUGAGAAUGCUUAUAGUGAUAUGCAGUUGAAAUUGGAGUUACGGGAUCGGGUCGAUAAUCUUUUUAAAUUUUUUCAUAAAUUAACGAAUUUGAAGGGUGGGAAGGGAAGGGUAAAUUGGGAAAGUGAUAAUGAUCCGUAUUCGAGAAAGGGAUUAUUGUAUAAACUUGUGACAAGAAUACUGAGAAAAGAUGAUGUACCCGGUUUGGAGUAUCAUUCGUCUACUGUGGGUCGGCUUUUUAAAACCGGUUUUGGAAGGUUUGGUCUUGGACAGGCAAAACCAAGUCUCUCUGAUCAAAAUGUUAUACUGGUUUUUGUUGUGGGAGGCAUGAAUGCCAUUGAGGUGUUUGAAGUUCAGGAGGCUUUAUUGGAAAGUGGGCGAUUGGAUAUAGAAGUGGUUCUUGGUGGAACAACUUUUCUCACUCCUACAAACAUGCUUGAUUUACUUUUAGGCAAUGAAGAUAAAUCAAAUACUCAACUUGUGGGCACUGAUACGUGCAUGAACAUGGGACCCUCUAACUAUGUACCACCUGGUUGGUUUGGUCCAUUCCCGUCCGCGGCUCCAAAUCAAAUUCCUAAUGCCAGUGACAUGAAUAUUGACCUGGCCCAGAACCUCACGAAAAAGGAGAAGAUCUAG